AUGAGUGCUACGAUGACAGUGACCGCUCCGGUGGAGAUCACGGCAGACAAUGUUGCCACUAUCUUCCCCGACGUCGACACCUCUCUCGCUCGGGAUGUCCUCCCCUCCGCCACUAGCAACGGAGCCGCCCAGAGCUCUGAGCUCGUGGGAUACGAUGAGGAACAGGUUCGAUUGAUGGAAGAGGUCUGCAUUGUUACGGACAAUGAUGACCGUCCGAUUGGCAGCGCCAGCAAGAAGACUUGCCACUUGAUGACCAACAUUGACAAGGGUCUCCUCCACCGUGCCUUUUCCGUUUUCCUCUUUGACUCGAAGAACCGCCUCCUGCUCCAGCAACGCGCCACUGAGAAGAUCACCUUCCCGGACAUGUGGACCAACACCUGCUGCUCGCACCCUCUAGGGGGUGUGAAGCGUGCGGCGCAGCGCAAGUUGAACCACGAGCUGGGUAUCAAGGCAGAGCAAGUGCCAUUGGACAAAUUCGAGUUCUUCACUCGUAUUCACUACAAGGCUCCCAGUGAUGGCAAGUGGGGAGAGCACGAGGUGGACUAUAUUCUCUUUAUCCAGGCCGAUGUCGACCUGGAGCCCAGCCCGAAUGAGGUGCGGGACACCAAGUACGUGUCGGCUGAUGAGCUGAAAGCCAUGUUCGAGCAGCCUGGCCUCAAGUUCACGCCCUGGUUCAAGCUGAUCUGCAACUCGAUGCUGUUCGAGUGGUGGAGCCACCUGGGCACCCCCGCCCUGGACAAGUACAAGGGCGAGACUCAAAUUCGCCGGAUGUAG